UAAAUCCGGGCAGGGCGGAGUGAAACAAAGCAGUUUGCAAGACGCCGGACCUGCUAGAGGGAAGGAAGAACUUUAGAGGGGGCGGCGGCGGAGGAGAGAGAGAGAAAGGACUUGUCGAGCGCACGGCAGCGAACCGCGCGGUUUCUUCUGCUUCUCUUGGUUUCUGCUCCCCAAUCCUGCCAUUUCGUUGGUUUUGUUCGAGAGAAGACGGGGGGAAGGGCUAAGGACACCUCAAUGAAGGAAAGAAGAGCCAGCCAGAAAUUACCAGCAAAUCGGAUCAUGGAUCCUAAUCAAAACGUGAAGUGCAAGAUAGUCGUGGUUGGGGAUACUCAGUGCGGAAAGACUGCUCUGCUGCACGUCUUUGCCAGGACUGCUUCCCGGAGAACUACGUCCCCACAGGUGUUUGAGAAUUACACGGAGUUUGAAAUAGACACACAAAGGAUAGAACUCAGUCUCUGGGAUACUUCUGGGUCUCCUUACUAUGAUAAUGUCCGCCCACUUUCCUACCCAGAUUCCGAUGCCGUCUUAAUUUGUUUUGACAUAAGCCGCCCAGAAACACUUGACAGUGUGUUGAAAAAGUGGAAAGGUGAAAUCCAGGAGUUUUGUCCCAACACCAAGAUGCUUCUGGUUGGCUGCAAGUCUGACCUGCGCACGGAUGUUAGUACACUAGUAGAGCUGUCCAAUCACAGGCAAACACCAGUAUCUUAUGAUCAGGGUGCAAACAUGGCCAAGCAGAUUGGAGCAGCCACAUACAUUGAAUGUUCAGCCUUGCAGUCAGAAAACAGCGUAAGGGACAUUUUUCAUGUUGCUACCUUGGCCUGUGUGAACAAAACAAAUAAAAAUGUUAAGCGGAACAAGUCUCAGAGGGCAACUAAACGAAUUUCACACAUGCCGGGCCGGCCGGAACUUUCUACAGUCACCACAGAUCUGCGAAAGGACAAAGCGAAGAGCUGCACAGUGAUGUGAAGGAUUUUGUUUCCUUAAAUGGAGGUAGCAAGGACAAUUGUGUUUGGGUGAGAUAGGUGAAGACUCAACGAGAAGUGCCCAGUGAAAAUGGUCUCUUGUAAGGGCAUGCCAGUGACAAAAGGCGAUGAUUCACCUUCCGUAGGCAAGAAACUGUACUUGGGGAGCUGGUAUGUAGAGGAAGCAGUGGGAAGAGAUGGAUUCUGAAGGGGUGUCAAUGUUACUUGGAUGAAAUACCAAAUACGAAGGAAACUAUGUGAAUGUGCUAAAGAAGUGAAAGGAUUGGCAGCACCUGAAGAAAUGAUGUCCUGGAGGAUACUUAUUUUUAGAUCUAUUUUUUGAAUACUGACUUUGAUUUUGAUUACAAUCUAAAACAUU